CGAAUUGUCGAACGCGUGCUUGCUAAACUUGGCUCAAAACGGCCGAUUCCUGUAGCUCACGUCGAUAGCCCAACGUCCAUGACCACUCCCCGCGCCGAGUUUGCACGUCUCGCGUCGCCCCAGCACCCUGGGCGCGCCCCGCAGCUGGACGACGACGACAUUGCCGAGCUGCCGCCGCGCGAGUCGGAAGUGACCCUCUCGUGCCUUCGCCGCGCCGCGCUCCCAGUGCUCGCGAUGAUCGGCCUCAUCGUCGGCAUCCUCGCCGCCGUUGGCACCUUUAGCCCCGACACCAACCAAUCGGUGAGCACGGGCUCGGACGCGCAGACGACGCCGACGCCAACCGUGACAAUGACAGCCAAGCCGACACCGAUUACAAAAGCGUCGCCGAGCCCGACGUCGGCCGAUGGGACCUGCCCCAACCGGGGCACGCACCUCGUCGGUAGCAGCUGCGUGAGCUGCCCUACGCCCAAGAAGACGUUUGCCGUGUUUUGGGAAUCCCAAGUCGACUGCUCGUCGUUUGCAUCCAGCAGUGCCGCGGCCUACGUGACCCACAUUUACUGGAGCUUUGCGCUCAUUGACGCGGCUUCGGGCGCCGUGAGCAGCUCGUUCCAGGGCUCGGACGCGACGCUAAAAGCCUGCCUGGCCCAGACCCGCGCAAAAUGCAUCAAGAAUUUCAUUAGCAUCGGCGGCGCGACCAUGCGCGAAACGUUUGCCGCGCUCAACUCGACGGCGCAGAUUGCCACGUUUGCGUCGUCUGCGGCGUUAGUCGUUCAAAAGUUUGGCUUUGACGGCGUCGACAUUGAUGACGAGAGCGGGAACCUCCUCGCAGCCGGCGACUGGAAGGCGAACGCCGCGCCCAGCGUCGUCACGUACCUCACCGCACUCAAGACGCAGCUCGGCAGCCUGCCCCGGGCAGCCGGCGAGCCCGCGUACGAGAUCACAUGGGACGAGUUUCCGACGUCGCUCAACCCCGACUGCAACACGCCGACCGGUGACUUUCAGCGCUGCUUUGAUCCGGCCAUCGCACGCAUCGUCGAUCAUGUGAAUCUGAUGAUGUACAACGCGGCCUCGGCCACCGACUACGACACGUACUUGACGACGACGACACCGACGCUCUGGGCCAAGACAGUGAAUCCGAGCCAAAUCAUCCUCGGUGGCUGCGUCGGACCCGUCGGGACGCUGGGCGGGUGUGCGUUUGGUGCGGCGCCGACGAGCACCCAACUCGCUGCGUAUGCGUCCCAAGGCGCGGCGCAAUAUGGCGGCGCGAUGCUUUGGACAGCGUCGGCCGACAUGACUACCAACCAAGGCGCGACCGUGACGGCCAUGGGCAAAGCCGGCAGCUACUCCAACAGUGGCUAAACAAACACAACAUUGAAAACAACACUG